GCGGGAUGGUCUCGAAGGUUCGGGAGGGCAAACACGGGCAGCCAUAAAUUACAGAUCGUGAAGUCCUCGCAGCCCCAUAUUCAUCAGUCUUAAGCCUUCAGACUUGCUGCUCUCUACCUUCAUAUUCUUCGCCGGAGUGAACAGAGAUGGCGGCUGUCCCACCACCGAUGCCGACGAGCACGGCGAACUGGCACUGGAAGAACAAGACGGUGACGCCCUGGGCGCGCGCGUGGUUCGAGCGCGAGCUCGUCACGGUCGAGGUCAGCGGGGAGGGCGAGGAGAAGGUCGGCGUGACGAAGCUGAACGACUUUGAGGGCGACGUGGAGCUCGGCCAGCGGAAGAGCAAGUUGAUCACGAUCUACGACUGCAAGGUCGAGCUGCAGUGGGCGGGCACGGCCUCGGAUGGGUCUGAGGUGACGGGCAAGCUCACCGUCCCGGAGGUCUCGCACGAGAUCACGCUCGAUGGGCUCUCGGACUACGUCUACCACUGGUCGCUCACGUCGCCGUCCUCGCCGCAGGCAGACGCGCUGCUCGCGCUCGCGAAGAAGAGCCUCCCCGCCGCGCUCGAGAAGAAGUUCGCCGAGUUCGCCGCGGCGAUCAUCGACACCCACGGGAAGGACCUCCAGGUGUCCUCCUCCAGCGCGGAGCCCUCGCGCCAGGGCACACCCGCGCCGCCCGCCACAUCCGCGCCCGCGUCCUCCGGAUCCGCCAAGCCCUCCACGUCUGCGCCGGCGAAGGCCGCGCCGAAGGUGAACUCGACGUCCGUGAGCGCGGAGGCGAACUUCAUGGCGGCGGCGGCGGACCUGUUCGACCUGCUCACGAACGAGAAGCGCAUACCGAUGUGGACGCGUGCGCCCGCGGUGUCGGCCGCGCAGCCCGGUGCGGAGUACAGCUUGUUUGGCGGCGGCGUGAAGGGGAAGUAUGUCAGCUUGACCCCGCCGAAGGAGAUCGUGCAGAGCUGGGCGCUGAGCAGUCCGACUUGGCCGGAUGGCCAUGUCGCGACCUUGACCACGACGCUUGAUCAAGGAUCGGAUUCUACGAAGGUCAGCUGGCGACUGGAGGGUGUUCCCCUCGGCACGGAGGAGGAAAUACAAAGGAAUCUGCAGGGAUACUACAUCCACGGACUGAAGUCUAUUGGGUUGGGCACGGAGUUGUGAAUGCGUGCACGUCAACGGGGAACGUUCUGCAACCUAAGACGCCUCGAAGUACAGGGGACGUACCGAUUUGGGCAGCGGGAGUUCGGGGACGUGCUGAUAGUAGAUACAAGAAACGCAAAGUGUACGCGUUGGCAGACUAAGAAUACAUUUGUACAAUUUCUGCAUAUCACAUCGUCUUCUCGUCGUGUCCGCCACAUUCGAGAUAGACAAUUGUGCCCAAAGGAAAGGA